UCUAUUUGCUACGUCCGGUUUACCCGGAACUGAGUACAAUUCCCAAAGAUGGCGGAGCAAGGUCCGAUGGCUAUAGCGAUGCGGCUACGAAAUCAGCUUCAGUCCGUUUACAAAUUGGACCCAUUGAGAAACGAGGAGGAAGUCAAGUUGAAGAUCAAGGACCUGAAUGAACACAUCGUCUGCUACCUCUGUGCAGGCUACUUCGUAGAUGCAACAACAAUUACAGAGUGUUUGCACACUUUCUGUAAAAGCUGCAUUGUGAAAUACCUGCAAACCAGCAAAUAUUGUCCCAUGUGCAACAUCAAGAUCCACGAAACUCAGCCCUUACUCAACCUCAAACUGGAUCGAGUGAUGCAAGACAUCGUGUACAAACUAGUGCCUGGUCUUCAAGAAAGUGAAGAUAAAAGAAUUAAAGAUUUUUAUCAGUCGAGAGGACUAGAAAGAGUCGUUCAACCAGCUGGGGACGAUGUGUCUGAUGGUGCGGGUUUACCUUUCACAAGUUUUGACCACUCCAAAGCUCACUUCUACAGAUACGAUGAGCAGGUUUCACUCUGUUUAGAAAGACUGAGUUCAUCACUUGCUGGGAAAGAUAAAACAAAACUUACUCUACAGCAGAAGUUUGUGCGUUGUUCUGUUCGAGCAGAGGUGAGACACCUACGGAAAGUGCUUUGCCACAGACUGAAUGUGGAAAAACACCAGGUUCAAAUGAUGUUUAAUAACGAGUCUCUGCCCGAUCACAUGACAAUGAAACGACUAUGGCUCUCACACUGGUUUGGAAAGGCUCAACCUUUAGUUCUUCACUACACCAUCAAAGACAAGAGGAACAGAUAGGAUGAGGGUUCAGUUUAAAAUAAGCUGUACAACUUUUGUACAAUACAUAUUCUAUUUUAAUAGUGUUUGUGUACAUAUAUUAUUUUCUCUGUUUUGUAUUUUUGAAAAUAAAUCUGAAAUGGAAAAAAAAAAGAUCUUAAGCGUGUUUUUUCUCCCUACAUUUUGGGCAUCCAAGACCGUUUUCUUAUGUCUAGACAAUAAUGCCCCCUUACAGGUUAAAUGUGACAAGUGGGAGUUUCUUAUUCUGUUUAAGCAAGAAUUAUAUUUGUAUAGGAGAGGUAAUUUAGUUUAAAAUAUUUAGAGAGAAAAAAGU